AUGGCUUCGCCCGAUGAAUCCCAGCUUAGCCGAGCUGCGCGCUAUGCCAUUCCUUUCGGUCUGCUCCUCAUUCCCGUCUGGAUGAUUCGUGUCAACGCGGUUGUCCCGGAGCCAUACCUCGACGAGGUCUUCCACGUUCCCCAAGCACAGGCAUACUGGGCGCACAAGUGGUUGCAAUGGGAUCCGAAACUCACCACCCCGCCGGGCCUGUACCUGUGGUCUUAUGCUCUUUGCGCGGCUUUGCUCCUCCUUCGCGGCACUCCGACUAAGCUCACGACUGAAGUUCUACGCAUGACGAACGUUGCUACUACUGCCAUCUUUCUUCCUUGGAGAUUGCAGACGCUGCUGGAUACAAUUCAGAAAGUGACGAAUGACCGGAAAUUGAGCUCGUAUCUGGGUCAUACUGCGCUGAAUAUUUGCUUGUUCCCGCCGUUGUUCUUUUUCUCGGGCCUGUACUAUACGGAUAUUCUUGCCCUCCUGGUCGUGGUGGAGGCAUACAACUGGGAUUUGAAGAGGGCUUCCGCCGGUGGCAGUGGUGUCUUGCAAACUCUGGGCUUCUUAGCCUUUGGUCUGGCUGCACUUGUCUGCCGACAGACGAAUAUCUUUUGGGUCUCUGUCUUCCUUGGUGGACUUCAGGCUGUCCGCAAGGUUCGAACGUCGUCUUCCACUUGUUCCUCGUCUAAGGUGUCCAAGAUUGUGAAACAGGGUCUACAGCAAAAUGAGCUCUAUGAUCCUCUGGUCUCAGAAGCUACUUUGGCUGAUUAUUUCAAGGCCGUUAUCUCAUUUGCAGCUGUCGCUCUUAAGAAGCCUUCUGCUGUGCUGAUCUCUAUUCUUCCUCAUCUCAUUGUCCUCGCAGCCUUUGGUGGAUUUGUGAUUUGGAACAACGGUGUUGUCCUAGGCCACAAGGAGUUCCACACUGCAGGCAUCCACUUGGCUCAGAUGCUCUACAUCUGGCCGUACUUUGCCUUCUUCUCAUGGCCACUUUUCGUCAUCCCUCUGAUUAAUAUACUUACCCCAAAGAAGUCUAUUCCCGAGUCCCUGGAUCUGGGCUGGCCGGCGAAGCAGAGAAAGCUUCCAUCACUCAAGUCAGUUCUGGCUGUGGUUCCUCUCAUGCUUGCUGUGGUCCAUUUCAACACAAUUGUGCACCCCUUCACCCUCGCCGAUAACCGCCACUAUGUGUUCUACGUGUUCCGCCUUCUUCUGGGAAUUCAUCCGGCAGUCAAGUAUGCCGCAGUCUUGGUGUACUUCCUCUCUGGUUGGGCUGUGAUUUCUGCCUUUGGAUUCUCCACUUUGCUCGUGGCGCCCAAAUUGAUGCGAAUCCCGGAGAAACCUACACCCACUGCUCCUGCUCCUCCUGCUCCCGUUCCUGCCCCUGCCCCGGCGCCUACUCCUGCGCCAGCAGCCAAACCCACCCAGCCUUCGCAGCCUCCCAAAGGAACAAAGAGGAUUACCCGACCUAACCGCAAGAAUACCCCGAAACCCAAGCAACCAGAGGAACAACCAAAGACCAAGACCAUCGACCCAAAUGAUCCCGCGGUAAUCGCGAAGGUUCAGCAAUCCAUCCUCGCACGCCAGAAGACUCAGCUCGAGGCCCCGCGGGUCAGCUUCGUCCUCAUCUGGCUUGCCGCUACCACCCUCUCUCUCGUGACAGCACCUUUGGUCGAGCCGCGCUACUUCAUCAUCCCCUGGGUGAUGUGGCGUCUCCACCUCCCACCAUCGCCAGGUCUGCUCAAGUACCGAGUGACUCGUCCCCGCAAAGAAGAAGACAAGCGCCGCGCGGAUUUCGUUGUCAACUCCCCCAAGUUCUUGGAGACAGUUUGGUUCUUGCUCAUCAACUUGGUGACUGGAUAUGUCUUCUUGUACAAGGGCUUUGAGUGGCCCCAGGAGCCAGGCAAGAUCCAGCGCUUCAUGUGGUGA